AUGCCGGUAUUCUACUGCACCACGCCGGCAUUCCGCCUUCGAAUGCCCUCAGAGCUGCUCAACGCUGACCCGCCACUAUUACAGAGCCAACUGAGCAAGGUGCUAAGCCAACAAAAGCAACCUCAGCCGUCCCAGCAGGCAAUACAAUCGUCGCAGCUCAAUAACGACGAAAAGGAAAGUCACGACAGCGCGAGGGGCGCCUCAUCGACGAACCUGUGGACGAAACCGCUGCCCCAGCUUCCGCCCCCAAACAUGUCCCUGUCCGGGAAAGUCGCCCUCGUCACCGGCGGCGCGCGAGGCAUCGGAGCUGCCAUCGCGCUGAAGCUUGCCCGGGAAGGUGCCAGAGUCGCAUUCACCUUUGUCAAUACUUCAUCAAUAGCCAAGGCGCAUGAGGUCAUAUCCGAGAUCGAGGCCUGCGGGUCCUCCGCCACGGCCAUCCAGGCCGACGUCUCCAAGCACCAGGAAAAGGUCGUCAAGCGCGCCAUGAUGGCCUUUGGCGUCACCAAGAUUGACAUUCUCGUCAAUAAUGCCGCGGCGACGCUCACCGCGACCCUCGACGACACCAGCCCCGAGGACUACGACCGCAUCUUCAACACCAAUACCCGCGCUGUCUUCUUCAUGAUGCAGGCCGCAAAGGCCCACAUAGCCCCGGGCGGGCGCAUCAUCAACAUCUCCUCCGUGGCGGCCCGCGCCGACACCCCGGGCAGCAUGGCCUACGCCGGCAGCAAAGCGGCCGUCGAGGCCUUCACGCGCGUCGCCGCCCGCGAGAUGGGCCAGGCGCACGGCGUCACGGUCAACUGCAUCAGCCCCGGGACCGUCAAGACGGAGAUGUUCGACUCGCUGCCCGACGACCAGCGCAGCGCGGACCUGGAGCGGGCGACGCUCACGCCCGCGGAGGCGCGGCUGGGCGCCGUCGAAGACAUUGCUGACGUUGUCGCCUUCGUGGCGAGCGAUGAGUCCAGGUGGAUUACGGGCACGGUCAUCCCCGUCAACGGGGGCCGACUGAUGAACUGA